UGAGCUGCAGGGACAGAGGCAGAGGAGAACGUGUGCAUCAGUGCAGAGUGCUGCUGGAGCCCUGGCAGAGAGAGAGGGAGGUAGAGCGAGCCUGAGAGGGAAAAGGAGAAGUGGUGGGAGCUGGAACAGCAGCAACUGCUACUACCACGUUGCAGCUGAUGCCCGGGAAUCUGCUCUGCUGCCAGCACGCCUCUCCAAAGGUGCAGGUGCCUCAGGUUACAAAGUCCUAGAAGGUCAGUGAUACUUCCAGGAGCCAAGUGGAGCUGCUUUAUUUUUUCUUUUCCUGUGAAUAACAUCUGUUUGAGGACUCCGCUCCUUUUCCUGGACUGAAAGAGGGUACUCACCACCUGCUGUCAGCACUCUCCUACCGGUCUCUCUCCUGCCCCUAUGGGUGCUCCGGUGCAGAUUUUCCGGGAAGAGCUGGACUCCACCUGCUCCCCGGGGUCCUGUCGUCCCCCCAGCACCAGCAGCAGCUGGCUCCUGGGCUGGGCAGACUAUGACAGCAAUGCUACUGGGGUCUUCGGGGAUGCCCAGCACAACCACACCAGCAUCUCUCCUGCCAUCCCCAUCAUCAUCACUGCUGUCUACUCGGUGGUCUUCGUUGUCGGCUUGGUGGGAAACUCUCUGGUCAUGUUUGUCAUCAUAAGGUACACAAAGAUGAAGACAGCAACCAACAUCUAUAUUUUUAAUCUGGCUAUGGCAGACGCACUAGUUACCACGACUAUGCCUUUCCAAAGCACUGAGUACCUGAUGAACUCUUGGCCCUUUGGUGAUGUGCUGUGUAAAAUAGUUAUUUCAAUUGACUAUUAUAACAUGUUUACCAGCAUAUUCACACUGACCAUGAUGAGUGUUGAUCGAUACAUUGCUGUGUGUCACCCUGUGAAGGCUCUGGACUUCCGCACACCUCUCAAGGCAAAGAUAAUCAACAUCUGCAUCUGGCUAUUGUCCUCAUCUGUUGGUAUAUCUGCAAUAGUUCUUGGAGGUACCAAAGUCAGGGAAGAUACUGCUAGCACUGAAUGCUCCUUACAGUUUCCAGACAGAGAUUACAUGUGGUGGGACAUCUUCAUGAAAAUCUGUGUCUUUGUCUUUGCAUUUGUUAUUCCAGUUCUCAUUAUAAUUGUUUGCUAUACUCUUAUGAUCCUGCGCCUUAAAAGCGUACGGCUUCUCUCAGGGUCUCGAGAAAAAGAUCGAAACCUGCGCCGCAUUACCAGGUUGGUUCUUGUGGUUGUGGCAGUUUUUAUUAUCUGUUGGACUCCUAUUCACAUUUUUGUGCUGGUUGAAGCCUUAGGGGAUGUGUCCCACAGUACUGCUGCUGUAUCCAGCUAUUACUUCUGUAUUGCUUUGGGUUACACCAACAGCAGCCUCAAUCCAAUCCUUUAUGCUUUUCUGGAUGAAAACUUCAAGAGAUGUUUUAAGGACUUCUGCUUCCCCUUUAAGAUGAGAAUGGACAGGCAGACCACCAGCAGGGUCAGAAACACUGUGCAAGACCCAGCUUAUAUGAGGGAAGCAGAUGGGACAAACAAACCUGUAUGACUAGUCGUGGAAAUGUCAUCUUACUGUCCUCAAGAGAGAGAAGAGUCCAAUGACCUAGGACUGACGCAGAUUACAACUGCAGUUUGAACUAGACUCAACCAGAAAGAAGUUUCUGGAGUAUUUCAGAAAUCCUAGUAGUUGGAACUAAAGCAAGUUUAGUAUCAAGAAACAAGAACCUCCUGAAAAUAAGAUCAAAUGAAAAGGACUUGGCUGAUGGUCAGGUUUUGGCACCAUGUUUGCUGUACUUGAGCAGGUACUAAAACAUGCUUUUGGGAAGACAGGAGGUGAUAGUGUUGUACCAGCUUACCAGGAUAAGGAAAGUUCUGGACUUUCUCUUUACAAUAUGUAAGGUUGUAUUAAGCAACAUUUGGUCAUAACACUGAGUUAUGCCAGAAACUUCUGCCACACUGAUGAUUGCUUCUUAGCUAUGUAGUUUGACAACUUGAUUUGUCAUACUCUUUUACAGUGAAGAGUGUUUAGGCUUCUGAAGAACAAUGCCAGAGCUAAAAUCAAUAUUGUCGUCAACUAAUAUAUCUGUAACAUUCGUUUGUGCUGUGGAAAUACAAUUUAAGCAUGAUCUGCCUACACACCAAAGUGAUUUUAUUGUAUCUGUGUAUGGUAAAGCAUUUUGGCAUUUAAAAAUGUCGGGAUUUAAGGAGAACUGUUAGUAUAGUUUUAACAUGUAUUCAAUCAUCCGUGUGUAAUGUUUUCUAUGUGUUAUUUUCUAAGAUGAUUGCAUAUUUAUUGAUUGUGCGUAAUAUAAUAUGAAUUUUCGCAUUUUCAGAGUGUAUUUUGAACAAGAGGCUAGAAAAAUUCAAAUAUUUCGCUUGUUGCAAAACUGAUGGAAAACUGCCACAUUCACUACAUAGAAUGAAAUAAUCAAAUUCCAUUUUCAAUAAAGGAAACAAAUAAACAUAAAAAUAAUGCUGUACUUCUUUUUCUGGACAAUUUGUAAGCAGAUUAAAAUAAAUACUUGAUUAAUUAGAAACAAGUGAAUUAGCACAUGGAUUGACGCAAAUGAAAUGAAGAUUAAAUAUACUGGCUACUUUAAUGACA